AUGGGACGCCAGGUGGUGAUUCCGCAACGGAGUGCGCGCGCCGAAGACAACGCCACUGAUGACAGGAAGGACAGCUCAUACUGGAGUGGCGUGCUCGUGAUCCCGUCCCGAAGCCGCCAGGUCAGUCGCCUGUGGCUGGAGAAGGCGCUGGUGCUAACCGACGGUGUGCAGCUCUUCGCGCUCAUGUGGCAGUUGUCGCAACCAUGGCCAUGGCCUGCUCGUUGGCUGGAAGCCACGCGCUGGACCAACGCAUUCACUCUGGACUUAUUCAGCUUUCGAGCCACAGGCGCAGCCAUGGGCUCCACGUCGCAGUCGUUUUCAUUGUGGGGAGAGAUGCCUCGUUAUUGGCUCUACGCCCUCGUGUGGGCGCUUGUGCCGUGGACUGGAGUGUUGAUGCUUCAAAUAGCUAAGGGAAUCUGGACCAAACAGGGACGUAGUGACUUUCUGUUACUCGGUGUGACCUGGGAGAAUGUGCUACUUCAGAUACUACAGUUCUUGUAUGUUCCCGUAGGGCUGGCUGUGAUUCGACUGGUAAAUUGCAACGCUGAUGGAAAACUGUCAGUCGAUCCAACGGGUAUGAUCUGUGGUAGUGCGGGGCAUGUCAUAUCUGUGCUGGUUGUUACCUGCACCAUGGGUGGUAGCUUUCUGGUUGGUCUCCCGUGGAUAUUGCGUCGUCGUAUGAGGGAGUCAGUGGUUCACUCGAGUGUGGAGAAUCACGAACGAUUCAUGCAGGAAAAAGAGCUGGAAUUUAUACUCGGCACAUCGGACGCGUAUUUGGAGCUGUACAUGCCGCAGUUUGCUUCAUUCCGUAGACAUUCUGUGGUGAUGCCAGUGCAGAUAUGUAUACUGAAACUCCUGCUGAUGCUCGUCUUCUCAGUUUUGCGGUCGUCAUCACCGUCACUGGCGAAUCAAGGGACGCAGGGGUCGAUUUUCUUUUUCUUAGUAGUGGGCAUGGCAGUGUACAGGACGUGGAAGUUCCCCUAUCGCUGUCUGUCCUCGUCUUACUUAGUCAUUAUCCUCGACUGGAUGCUGGUCUCCAACGGCGUAUUCGUGCUGCUUUGUUCAAAUGGUGUCCGCAGUGCUCUCACCGUAUCAACAUCAGUGACCUCGUCACUGACUUUCCUGAAUAUAAGUUUCUUAAUUAUGAUCGGCUCCAAGGCGCUACGCGACAUUAUACUGUUAAAGCUGGACCCGCAAUCUGCGAAACUCAAGGGUCUUUGUUGGCCAACACAUGACCUGAUGAAGGAAAUCGUCGACUAUGGACCGAGGGUAGAAUUUUGGGUGAAAGCGAUUCACGACGCGCAGAAUAUCACUCUUGCAUCGCUUCUAGUUAUCCCGUCGAUGCGGUCUGCUGAAGACCUGAAAACCGCGCUGGACCAAGUUGAGCUCUGUUACGAAGAAGCUGCUGGCUGCGAUCACUUGUUAAUGGGCCAACUCUAUGAGGUUUCACUGUACGUCCAUGAACUCUACGUGGAGGCAGUAGCAUCAAGUCCAUUCCAUAGGAUCGGCUUCCCUGCGAAAGAUAUGGCCAAAUUUACAGGUGUUCUGCAACGCCGAAAAGAUCGACAUAUCCUUCUUUCACCUCGAACUCGGCGUGUUCUGAAUAAGCUGCAAGUUACUCGAAGCUGGCCACGUCGAGAACGGCCGAACGCAUCGGAAAGUACAGGCUGGAAUCAAGAACGCAUGGCAGUCUCAGUGCUAGCGGCAACAGACUAG